AUGGGGCAGGGCCAAAGCCAACCAACGGCAAGGGGCGAUCCGGCACUAAAACUAUCGCGGACGGCCAGGCGCUUCUUGACAGAGUUAGAUAAACUGAGCCUAGCAAAGCAGCAGAUCAAUGAGGAAGACGUCCCCCGGUUACUAGGCAUAAACGGUUGUGCAGGAGCUGACGUAUACCUCAGGGUGGCUCAGUUUUUCGCCUCGUACCCCAUUGGCUUGUCGAAAAGGCUCGACAUUUCUCAGAAUGUUCCUACGGUCAUUGCAUUUUUCAAUAGGAAUAUUUUGACGCCUCUGGGUAUCUCGGAUCAAGACUAUAUUCGCCUUUUGUUUUUGUCAAUUGCCGCCACUGCCAAUAAGGAGGAGACUGCUCCGUCGCUAGAGCUGGUUUCCUCGCUGGAUAUUGAAAAGUACUAUAUUGCAUACCAGGAUCUGCUGGAUCUGUGGUCAUUGUUGGUGUCUGUUUACGAUAAAGCGCCUGCUGCCAAGUUUGACAUCGAUGUCACCACAAAAGACAAGCGGGUGGCUGAGCGGUUGCUCAAAAGUGUAAAGGCGCCCGUUAUUUCUUUUGACUCAUUCCACAGGCUCAUGAAUUUGUACCCCGCUAUUCUGAGCUCUCUGUCAAUCAUCUUUGACCAACUCCUCUACCCCGACAGGCAGGAGGAGCCUGCACCUAGCAUUCCAGAUAUUCCACGGGAUUAUCUUUGUGAGCUGUUUUUAGCUCUCGGGACCAAUACACACACCAUGAUCAGUCUUUACAAUGGCCGCGAACACGGGUUCUCUAUGCAGGCCCUGCAGUCAAAGGUAUCCGACUGGCGAACCCCAACGCUGCUGCUCGUGUCGGGUCAUAUAUUGGACACUGCUUCUCCGUUGCUGGAUAUAGUGGCUCCAAGGGUUCCUGGUGUCAAGGCCCGCAAAGUUAAGCGUGUGGCUUUCGCUGUUUACAUUCAUGGCAAUUGGCGGCAGGUGGGUAACUUUGGCGACAAUGAAACCAAGAUUAUCCAACUCUCACCUGAAUUUGAUAUUUAUAAAGCUGUGGGCCCAUCGGAUCACGCGUAUUUUUCUUCCAAGCGAGGCCUGAGUUUCGGCGCUCCGCUGCCUAAAAACGAUGAGCCAGGGAAACCGAUCAAGAUCGGCAACCUGUCCCUGUUUUUAGACAGUUCGUUCGAGUUUGGUGUGUUUAGAAAUCUCGGCCCUGGCGGUGCGUUUGUUUCUUGUUCCGGUGACAAUGAAGAAUACGAAGACCGGUUUGAAAUCAACCGCAUCGAACUGUGGGGAAUCGGCGAUAAAGAAGAACUGGAAGAGCAAUACCGCAAAAUGGAUCUUCAAGCAAAGUUCCUCCAACAACAAAGACGCCGUAACGAUCCCGAAGACAGGGCAAUAUUGGAGAUGGCCGGUUUGGUGGGGCAAUAUCCACAGUAG